AAUCGCACCUAACUGGAUCCACCAAUACCAUAAUUUAGUGUAUAUAUAUACAAAUCCGCAACACAGCAAUUCAUGUUCUAAUAGAAGAAAAUCAGAGAGAGAGAGAGAGAGAGAAAAGAGAAGGAAAGAAUGGGUAGCAAUAGCAGAGAACAAAAAUGGUCGCUUAAAGGAGCGACAGCACUAGUGACCGGUGGAACAAGAGGAAUAGGGUAUGCUACUGUGGAGGAAUUAGCAGGGUUUGGUGCAACUGUGUACACUUGCUCCAGAAAUGAAGCCCAAUUGAAUGAGCGUUUGAAUGAGUGGGAGAAGAAGGGAUUUCAAGUGUUUGGCUGUGUGUGUGAUUUAGUUUCCGAGUCAGAACGGAAAGACCUUAUGAACAAAGUCUCCUCUCAAUUCAAUGGCAAGCUCAACAUUCUAGUGAAUAAUGUGGGAACCAACAUAUGGAAAUCAACAUUAGAGUCAACACCAGGAGAUUUCUCAUUCCUAAUGAAAACAAAUCUUGAAUCUGCUCAUAAUCUCUGUCAACUUGCUCAUCCCUUUCUUAAAGCUUCUGGAAGUGCUUCAAUAAUCUUUAUCUCCUCUAUUGCUGGUUUGGUAUCACUCAGUACUGGAUCUGUUUAUGCUAUGGCUAAAGCUGCAGUGAACCAGUUGACAAAAUAUUUGGCAUGUGAGUGGGCCAAGGACAAUAUAAGAAGUAACUGUGUUGUGCCUUGGGUUACCAGAACCCCUCUCAUUGAACGUUUUUUGAGCAAUGAAGAGUUCAUGGAGGCAGCCAUAACUCGGACACCAAUUGGGCGCAUUGCAGAACCAAGCGACGUCGCUUCAAUGGUGGCAUUCUUCUGCCUACCGGCAGCUUCUUACAUAACUGGCCAAAUUAUCUGCGUCGACGGAGGGUUUACGGUGAAUGGCUCCAUUAUUCCCUAACAAAUUCCACAAAGGCCCUCCUAGCUAGCUUCCCUACCACUAAAUUAUUCAAUUUCAUCAUUUAACCCACUAUCUACUAGUACCAUCCAAGAUUUUGGAUUUAAACUAAUAUUUAAACUUGCAACUUGCAAAUUUUGCAUUAAAAAAAAUAAUAUGUUUGAGUGGGAAAAUUGUCUACAAUAAUAUGUUGGGUACUUGCUAAA